AGUAAUGGAUUGAAUAGCAACAAGGCUAAGUACAACAAGUUAAUUGAAAAAGCCAAAGAACUAGGCAGGCAGGGACAGCUUGAGCAAGCACUUAGAUUAUUUGAAAAAGCUUACAGAAUACAUCAGAGUGAGAAGCUUGGAAGAAAAAUUGAAAAGCUCAAGGUAAUUAUUGUUUAGUGCCAUUGGUUGGCAGUGGUGUUUCUAGGGGGGGGGGGCUGCCACCUUAUUUUGAGUCCUGAAACUGAGGCCUGCAGGGCUGGGAAAAUUAUUUUCCAGAGGUGGACCCUCUCUUGUGUCUGAGUUUGUUUGAGGAAACUCCCUCCCAUUUUACCUGAAAGUUUGGAUCCACCACCCAGGAGCUUCUCUAUGGGUACCCACAGCUGUGGAUGUCCAUUUCUUUGCACAGAUACCAUCAAAUUGUCGGUUUUGUCAAGAAAAUUGUUGCAUAUCAAUAAUUGUUUUGCGUAGUAUGCUGUUAAUGAGCUUGAGCAGCCAUGAUGACAACAACGGAAAUGAGAAAAUGAUAAAGAGAAAAUAACAUCUUUGGUGUCAUCACAAGACUAAUGUUGUCAAACAUGAAUGAAGGGCAAUGCUAUCAUUGCCUUAAUCUCAUAGGUUGUCGUUUCAUCAGCAGAGAUUGUCGCAACUUUGAUUUUGUUGGAAAUACCCAUGUAGAAUCUCAAUCAAUACUAUCAUUAUCUUGUGAAGUACAACUGUUGGGAUGGGAUUUCUUGUCAUACUUGUACACUCAGAUGUCUAACAACAUUCACAAUCAUAAGUUUGAAUUUUCCUGCUGUCUUUAGAUUAAUGAAACAUGUAAUGUUGUCACAUUGUAUCUGAAUUUCAGGAAGCAAUCGAAAAGUACAAAGAAGUGGAAGAGGAGGAAGAUGAUGAAGAGGAAGAUGACAACGGCAUGCGUGAAGUUGGAGAUGGCUUCAAACUACCAACAGAAAUUCACCAGAAAUUAUACCCAUAUCAAUUACAGGGCAUACUGUGGUUCUGGCGCCUGCAUCAGCAAGGCAAGGGAGGGAUUCUUGGUGAUGACAUGGGGUAGGUGUCUACCUUCUCAAGCCUGAUAUUAAAGGCUGAUUUGUGUAUGUGCAUUAUAAUGAAUUUGAGUGGCCACCUUUGUGAAGUGGUCUGUUAAUCCAUCGCUGAUUGUCUGUUUAUUAAACACCAGGUAUGCUGGCUUACAAGCUCAAAAACCAUGUUAAAAUGACACAGUAAGAUCAAAGGGAUGAAAAACUUAAGAUCGGUACAAUUAAAGCAAUAAUAUUAUAGUAGAGAUCUUUUAAAACCACUCUAACACUAACUGGCUAUUGUAUAAGACACCUAGCCUCACUGAGAAAUCAACCAACAUUUCCCAACUCACCAAUGGUUUCCCUGCAAAAAUAACUCCUGGGGAAUGAGUGCAGAAAUUCCAUACUGUUGACUUGUCACUUUCCUUUCCUUCAAUUCUGCAGAUCUCAUGUGGGGAAACUGUUUGUGGAAUCACCUGUAGCCUGCAUGACCCAUGCAACGGCAUUUUCACAGACCAGUUUAUUUUUACUGGUAGAUCUAUUUUCCCACAAAUUUUGGACAUCAAAUAAGUCUUACAAAUCAGUCAUCAAAACCAGAGACUAGAAAACAGUUUUUCUGGUGUUUGAUAGCAUUUACUUCUCCUUUUUGUAUGUGUCGUACUAUUUUUUUUUUCAAAGUUAACAAACUUUAUUACAAAAGAAAAAACAGGCAACAUGCAUUAGAACAGUUCUUAUGUAAUUAAAAUAAAUAAAUAUACAACUAAACAAACAAACAAAAAACCGAGAAAAUGCAUGUAUGUGUACUGUAUGCUAUAAUUAUUAAUAAUGUUAAAACUAAGUUACCCGGUAUUGGUCUAAAAUUGUCACACUAUGGAUGUGCAAGCAUACAGAACAGUACUUCCAUUUUCACAGAAAAAGUGCUGAAAAAAUGAUGCAAAAAAUAACUUGAUCUGUGAAAACACUGUUGCAAAGCCUAAGUAUGCAAGGGAGUUGCACUCCCCUGGUUAUGGGCUCCUAGUAUCACAUCACAAAAUGUCAGCUGUUUUCUCAGACUACAAAACAUACUCUGACAGUACAUCUACCUAACAUUGUUUGCAGAUUAGGAAAGACUGUUCAGGUCAUAUCAUUCCUAGCAGGCAUGUUUGAUGCAGGAUUAAUCAAAUCAGCUCUGAUUGUGAUGCCAGUAUCACUAUUGUCAAAUUGGGAGAAAGAGUUUAAUAAAUGGUAAGACAUUCACUGAGCAAUGUAGACCUCCCCCACCCUCCCCUUGCUGCCCUUUCUUUGUCUUUCCCUCCUGUCAAUGACUGGGAAUACAUGUUUCCCCUGGUUAUACACUUGUAGGUAAUUAUUACUAAUAGAUACCGUAAAUCCUCUAUUAAACCCCCCAGGGGCCUAUUUAUUUCAAGCCCAGUUGAGGGGGGCUAGCCCGCGGGCACAGACGUAUUUCCAGUUAUUGCUUCUCUCUACGGGUGGAGAGAAGUGAGAACCGGAAAUACAUCUGUGUUGGCAGGCCAAGGUGGAGGGGAGGGGGGGGGGUUAAUAGACACAGGGGCCUUUUUGCUUUAGAAAAGAUGGUGGUAUCAGUUCUCCAUAAAGAACUAGAAUACACAGUGGAAAAGCUCAAGUACAAGAAGAUUGGAGGUCAUGCAGCCGAGGAUCAGAAUCAAAUCUGAACUUCCAGUUGGUAAAUAAAUCAUCCCGGAUUGGCCAAGUUCUUUUAUAUCUUUUAGAUUUAUUAUAGGACCAUUAAGAGAAAUUUUUCUCCCUGGACCAACGCGGGAAAUUCCAAGAGGCUUAUCUUAACUGCUCGCAUAUUCAGUCAUAUGCGCUCGUGAUAAGCCCUCCCUCACUCUGAUAUAAGCUCCCAAGAUAUAAGCCCACCAAAAAUCCUUUACAACAUUGCUUAAGCCCAGGGUUUAGAGCUGGGAUUUUAGGUAUGUGCACAGUGUACAGCAAUCCUUUCACUUAAUUUCAGGGCUCAAAAUUGCGACUCACUGGUCACCAGUGCCACUAAAAAUUGAGCACUUUCAACUGCUGUUUUAAGACCUGGUCACCAAUUGUUGAGUAACUUCAUGUUUCAAUGAGAUACCCCCUUGACCCUCAUCUCUAUGAAUUAUAAUACAUGUAGUGAUCAUGCACUUCCCAGCGUAAACCAAGGUACCGAGUGCUCUGUGUUCUCUUGCAACUCAAACACCGCACAAACGAAUAGGACUAACGAAUUACCGUUUCGUAAAAUGAAGCAAAGAUAAGGCAAGAUCAAAAACGUACGAAUCCAGACUACGAUUGUCACAUCAAUACGGAGAAAUCAAAGGAAGACUAUAAUGACGAACUGGUGUACUGACAAACGGAGCAACAACUAUAGCCUUACAAUGUAUGAAUUAAAUAAAAUAAUAACAUAAAGAUAAAUCAAGACUAACACCGUACGAACGAACAACGGAGAAAUGUAAGAAGACAAGACUAACAUCCUGCGAACAGACUGACGUACGGACAUACGGGGAAACUUAAAAAGAAGGAGGAACUGACCUAAAGAGAAACGUAAAAGGAACGUAAGAAGACAUACAAAACGAUUAAACAUUGUUGAAGGAGCAAACUGACAGACAGUGAAACGUGAGACAACAAGACUAACAUCACGCGAAAGACCUGACGUACAGUGUGUGAAGAAAUGGUCAGAAAAAGACAAGGAUAACGUACAAACGAACGUACAGGUCAAUAUAAUAAAAACUGAAAAGUAACAUCAUACGGAGGUAACUCGUAGAAGAAAUUGAUCGACACAUCGAAUAUCAUAGUUCACAAUAUGGCGAAGAUGUGAAACUUAUAAAUAAGCUUAAAUUGUAGGGACAAUGCACGGAGGUCUCUCCUUGGAGUACGAGGAUUUCUGAAUAAAAAAGUGGGAACUGUUUUAAAUCCUUUCUCGGAUUUUACAAGGUCUUCAGGAAACGAAUAAAUAUGGAGCUCCGUUGACCAGUGUACUAGUAUUUUCUUCCGAUAUAACUACCAUACUACUUUGAGGUCAAACUGGUACCUUACAGUUUUGAUUUGUCGACCAAAUAUUUUCCUGUUGUCGCCGGCUGACGCCCAAAUGAAUGAGGUCAAUUUUUAGCCCUGGACUUUUUUUCAAAAUGAUAAGUUGCAUGCAUGUAUCUUCACCACAAAUACAAUGCAUUCUUGACGACCUCAUACAAUCUCAUUAAGAAGAGAAACAAUUUUGCUUCCCUGUGACUGUAUUUUUGAUAUCUCAGGGCCCCUGGAAUUCGUGUUAAACUUUUCCAUGGAUCAAACAAGAAUGAGAGAGAAAGAAACCUUCAUAAAGUACAGCGAAGAACGGGUGUGUGCCUGACAACAUAUGGUAAGAUGAUCAAGUUUUUUUGUCUGUCCUCAUACAGAUAAUAUGUUUUCCCUUGAUAACACUUAAUGAGCUACAAGGUUAACUCUCUUUGUAUGUGUAUGAAUUUCUUAUUAUCAUCUGAAGGGCUUAUUCAAACUAGCUACGAGGCUCUAGCAAGAACAUCGUCUGGAAGCACGUUUACAUGGGUGAGUCAUAUCGACUACUGAAGUUUUCUUUCCUUUCUGUUUUAGGGAUAAAAGCAGCUAUUGCAUCAUCAUCAUCAUCAUCAUCGUCAUGGUCAUCGUCAUCAUCAUUAUCACAUAAUCAUUGUCAUAAUCAUCAUUAUCACAUUUUCAUCAUCAUCAUUAUCUUCAUCAUUAUUAUCACAUCAUCAUUGUCAUAUCAUUAUCAUCACGUUGCUCAUCAUCAUCACCAGUCUUCUUUGUUCUCGAACUAUCUGACUCAACUUUUAGUAGUGACUUUUGCCAACGUAAGGCCUCUCUCCGUAUUUUCUAACAUCCCUAUGCACCUAACAUUCCACUGUCCGAUCUUCACACACACACUUUUGGGGACAUCAAUAGUUAUUUCAUUAGCAGUUUGAGUAUAUUGGUUAUAUUUGUUCUUCAAAGCUAGAACUGUUGUUUGUUUGUUCUGUUAUUUUCAAGGACUAUAUCAUUUUGGACGAAGGCCAUAAGAUUAAAAAUCCAUCCAUGAAAACCAGCAAAAACGUCCGCGAAGUUCCUGCAAAGAAUCACUUUAUCUUAACAGGCACACCAGUGCAAAACAAUCUCAGGGUAAGUCCCUUGUGAGUGAUGAUGAGAUGAAGGGGUGGCGAGGGUAGGAAUAUGAGUAAAACGAUGUGUGGCUUUAUCCCAUAAUAAAUUUGCCAAGUGGGACAUAUCCACUUAAGCGUUAAGAAGUGUAAAGGAAGCGACCAUAACAGUGUCUGAUGUGUUUAAUCAUGUUUUUACGAAGAACAACCGAGACGAGAGGGAAUUUCCAUCGAAAUGACGUGGCAAUAUGGCAGGUUCCGCGGGUUACAAACUUGGGUGAAAACACUUUUACGUACGAGGCAUGUAAGACUCUGCAAUGACAGUGUGAACUGCUGUGGGCCAUUUUCUCAGUGAUGUCAUUUGACUACAAGUACCAGAAUUCAUUUUGGUUCUGCUUUUUAUAUUUCAUUUUGCGAUUGUCCAAUGAAAAUACUUCUAAAAACCGUAUGGCUGAUAAUUAGAACUGGUUAGGACCAGUAAUUUAAGAUUUGUUUGUUGCCUUCAUUGAACUUCUGAAGCACCGCAUUGUGACUCCGCAUGCGAGACAAGCGUGGUGUUUAGGGAGGGGUACUUUCCCUUCCCCCCUCCCCUUUCUUCCCUCUUCCUUCUGUCAGUCUCCUCGCACUUUUUUUGCUUCCUCUUCUUGCCCUCCUCUACUUAUUGCUAUUGUCAAUCUAAUUACAACGUCUUCUUCUUUAUCACCAGGAAAUGUGGGCGUUGUUUGACUUUGCGUGUGAAGGAAAAUUGCUUGGCUCUUCACGAACAUUCAAACAAGAAUAUGAAAACCCGAUUGUCAGGGUGAGA